AUAUCAUCUGUAGUCUUGAAGGAAAGAGUUGGAAUGGCAGUCACAUAUGGAAUCAAUGGCCGGCCUAGUAGGAUGAAGAAAUGAAAUACAAGAACCGAGACCUUCCUUUGGCUAGGUUGAAACGGAUGUCUUGACGGCGCCAUCAUGCUGCUGCUGGCAAUUUGGGGGUAUAAGAGACGGAUCCUUCGUCAGAUAGUAAUGCAGCAAGAAAUGGAUUGCGAACAGUUGCCACAACCGCAACCCUUUAGCUCUGAACAACGCGACGGAGGAUCUUUGGCACAAGGAACACGUGAGUCGACGAAUUUUAAGGUGCGCUGAAAACGGAACGAGGUGCGGUGCUCCCAGGCCUGCGAGCAAGCCUCUCCCCUCACGAAAGAUUGUCCCCAGGAGCCCAGCAGCAUCAGAGCGUUGCGACGCUCACAACAAACGUAACAAGGAGCUGCACUACUAGCAUACUAGCUAGCUAGAGCCAGAGCCGAAGACUUGUUCGUUUGCUGCGCGGAACCAGCAAAGGUAAAAAGAGGCGGUGAAACAAAGCAGCAACGAGCACCGCGCAGAUGGCGAAGAAACAACGCAGCCGCACUUGACAAGACAUUCACCAUUGACAAACAACACCAUCUCCUGGUUCUAGUACCAUACACAUACUGUCACCAUGAUAGGGCAAUCUUUUCUUCCUGAUCUUAGCCAUGCUGCUCUAGACUUAGAGGGGUCUUCUUUGGCUUGGCUGCCUCAGCAAGCAUCACCACGAACGUCGGUGAAUAAUCCUUUUUCAUCAUCACGAGAGGAUCGCCGUCGCAGCCUCGACAGCAACGAUGGCUACUCAAGCUACUUGGUAGACGCUGAUGGUAACCAGUACGAGCCAUAUUCGUUAGCAUGGAGAUACCUUGGUCUCUUUGUCGAUUGUGGCGAUGACGAAGAGAGCGAAGAUGAAGGUGACAGCAAGGACGAAAGGGAGCGUCACUUGUCAUCUGACGACAAUAAAGGCUGCAUUCGAAAAGUCUUGUGGGCUGCAUAUCGCGAUCCCAAUUACAGUGGAGGUUCCAUUGGAGAGUAUCAGUACUACGACCCAAUCACGGGGAUUUAUGACGAAUCAUACUGUCGCUCAGAGCGGUGCGUCCCGUUGGAUUGUCACGAGCCCGAGAGCGAAAAUUUUGAGCUGGUGGGCGUCUUCAAAGAAACAGAAGGAUUGUACGACUUUGCGGAGCAGCUUUUCAAGCACCAAGGGUACUGUCUUUGGAGCGAGAAUACCUUCGAAAAGAUGGCCAAUUUCCGUGAAUACAUGGUUCCUUACGACUGUCAACAGUUGUAUUUCCCUGAUGAUUAUGGCAACACCAUAUACAUGGCAAUAUCCCCACAGCCCAUGGGCGAUAUGACGAUUGCUGUAUACUCAGAUGCAAUGUGCACCAAACAAUCGAGAACAACAAUCCAGGACUACAUUAUGCUUUUCUAUGACUUACAAGGCAACUAUGACAAAGGGAAACAGAUCGCCAGCUCUUGGACCACGGCCAUCAAACGGUGGAAUCAUCACAUGGGCGUGUACAAACAGUGCCAGCCUUGCCGGGCAUAUGAUUUGUCCGCAGGAGGAGACGCACAAGAAAACUCGGGAUCUGCGGACAACAAUAAUCGACGUAGGAAGCGAUACUUAGACGAAAAUGACGGAGAAGGCGAUGAAGAGCAGUGGGGCUACGAUUGUGAUGAUUAUGCUGGGUACACCAAUUGCAAUCAGUGUUACAAGUUUGAGACUCACACAACUAUGGAGCCAGCAACAGAGGCAGAUUUGAAAGCUGCAACGCGUCAAGGAACCAUUCUGGCGAUUCGAGUCGACGGGAAGCGGUAUGGACAUGGUUGGGUUGAUGGAGGAUGGUUUCAGAAAGUCCCAGGAUGGGUUAAAGCCCUUUUUGGUAUUCUUGGGUGGAUGGUUGUGGUUACCUCCUUGACUCUGUUUUGGAAGUAUGUGAUACCGGUGAUUUCCGGCUUGUUUGGCAGCUUCAUGGACAUGGUAUUCCCGGUUUGGUGGCGACGAAAACUCCCGUCUGCCUUCAAAGAACACUUUCAUAUUGAAGCCGAGGUCAAACCAGAACCAGAAGAGGAUGGCUUUCUCAAGAGGAAGAAGCCAGUGUCGUACGUCUACACUUAGGAAUCCGAUCGAUUGUUUGUUUGGAGGAAGGGAGGUGUUGUCACUCCAGCACCUGCCCAACCGACCUGUCAAAACGUGCAGGCAGCUUUUCAGGCAGUAUCCGCGAGAACGCUCCUAAUCCAAUUGCAAUAGAUUGUAACCGAUUACUUCAAUGAAGAGUGUUUCUUCCCUC